UUAUUAAGCAUGUCUUCAGAACGCACCUUUAUAAUGAUAAAGCCUGACGGUGUCCAACGCACUCUUGUUGGUGAUAUUAUUCAGCGCUUUGAAAAGAAAGGAUUAAAGCUUACUGCCUUAAAAAUGUUUCAAGCCUCAAUGGAUCUUCUUAGACAACAUUACAAUGAUUUAUCCUCUAAAAGCUUUUUUGAAGAUUUAAUCAAUUAUAUGUCUUCGGGACCACUUGUGUGCAUGGUUUGGGAAGGUUUGAAUGCUGUGAAGACAGGACGUCAGAUGUUGGGGGAGACCGAUCCGUUUAACUCUCUUCCGGGUACAAUAAGGGGGGACUAUUGUCUUCAUAUUGGUCGCAACGUUUGUCAUGGUUCUGACUCAAUCGAUUCAGCUGAAAAAGAAAUAUAUUUGUGGUUUAAAAAAGAUGAAUUAUGUCUUUGGAGCAAGACUACUGCUCAAUGGUUAAACCAUUAUCACGUCGAAAUUUUUAGCCCUUGGAUUUGUACUAGUAGAUUUCGGUGGGAGAGAAAAUAGAAAUAUGGUAAGGGAAUAAGUGCUAUGGGUUAACAAGAUCUUUAGGGAGAUGCUUACCACAUUAAAAAAAAAAGUAUUUUAUCUUCUCUGACUUUAAAAGGACUGUCUGA